AUGACACGACCCCAGAUGAUCCGGGCUGACACUAUCGACCUGCAAAGCGAAGAAGCCCCUUCCGCGAAGAAACACACAACUCCCUCUUCGAAGGCAGCGCCGAACGGCUCGCUCGCUCCCCAUCAGGCUGAGACCCUGCGCGAGGUCGAAGAAGAAAGGGCUGGAGAGGAAGGUCGUAGUCCUAGAGCCUCGUGGGUCGAUGGUGACCGUCCUAGCGACUUACAACAAUACGCCGAAGACCUUGCGAACGGUAUUGCGAACUCGUUGAAUGGCAACAAAAUGCAAACCGAAGAUGCGCUCGCUAUUGCGCAAAAUGGAGGCGUCGCGGGUAACGCCGCCGACGACGGAGACAUGGACGCCGAUGCUGACGACAUGGAUGAUGACAUGAUGGAUAAGAUUUCGAGUUCUCCUUCGAUUGAAGAUGGUGGGUACACAUUCCACUCGCCUGUUUGGCCACGGCGCGUCGACUCCCUGCACCAUGUGGCUAGACAUCGCGGUUCCCCCAAUUCUCUGGCAUCCAACCAGGCCAGAUAUCCACCCCGUAUCGAGUCUGCUCAGCACACAUUUCAACACCCCCUAAGUAGGCAAGCAAGCAAGGCUUCUGCCGACAAUGCAGAUCGUCAUCAUCCUCUUCCUGAUGAUAACGGACAUAAUAUGGACGAACGAGACAUUGAACAACAUGAUAUCUCUGUACCAGAGUGGAAAACUGAGGAUUUUUCAUACGAUCUCGAGUCAACUAUAGAAGUAACAGAAAGCGAACUAGACGACGAGGACGGAGCCCAGAUUUCGCCAUACGAAUUUCUAUUCCCUUAUGAUUCAUUCGAAGAGGGUGAUGAUGAUGACGAUUACUCCACCAUGACUAUAAACCCCGAUUUCCUUGACAUUGGUUGGGGUAGCGAAUACUUACAAGACAUAGAGGACAUCGAUUUCGAAUUCGUUUACGCCCUUCACACUUUCGUCGCAACGGUCGAGGGCCAAGCAAAUGCUACUAAGGGUGACACGAUGGUACUGCUUGACGAUAGUAACAGCUAUUGGUGGCUUGUCAGGGUGGUGAAAGACAGCAGCAUAGGGUAUUUGCCGGCGGAACACAUUGAGACGCCUACCGAAAGGUUAGCGCGUCUUAACAAACACCGGAAUAUUGACUUAUCCGCAACAAUGCUCGGGGAUCAAGCAGAGAAGGCCAAGAACCCCAUUAAGACGGCCAUGAGGCGGAGGAAAAAGAAUGUCACAUUCACGGCACCGACAUAUGUUGACUAUUCCGACAUAGAUUACUCUACCGAGGAGGAGGAUGGUGAUAGCGAGAAGCUAGCGCUGCAACAAAACUCACAACAAACCCAACAACAGCAAGAACAACAAACGGCAUCUCAGCAAGUUGUCGACGAAAUCAUGGACGACGACGAAUCUGCUAAGGUGGAACCUCUUAAACCCCGCGCUCCGCAGAAACAGGUUAAAGUGGAAACUGCUAAGGCUGAAGAGAAAGAGAAUGGGGAUUCGACUGCUAAGAGCGAACUUCGCAGGGAUAGCAAUGAUAUGUUUGAUGCUAAAUCUGAACGGGUCACUAGGAAUGGUACCGUCAGAAACACCGAUUCCUUCUUUAAGGACGAGACGAUAGAGACCAAGAAGAUUACGCUGACUCCUGGUCUGCUACGGGAUGACAACGAACCGAGGAUCUCAAGCGAGUCAAGAGAUUCGUCGGUGCGACAACGACCAAGUCUUGAAAAAGAUCUUGCUCCCGACAAGAACAAAGAUGACAAGAAGAAGAAAGAUAAGGAUAAGAAGGAGAAGGAAAAGAAACCUAGCGCCAUUCGGAGUUUCUUCUCUAGAAAAGAUAGGAAAAAGUCGAUCGACGAUGACGACGACUCGUUUGGCAAAAGGUCUAUGGAUGCUAGUGCUGAUGUGACGGAGAAGGAUGUUGAGGAAACACAAGGAGCUGAUGCAGACGUGUCACCUGAAAAAGCGCCACAACGAAAUCCGAGCAAACUCCAGAAACAUCCUAGGACUGAUCCCUCACCGACGCGCAAACCUAGUUCAGCACCACAAACAGGCACUGAGCGUGGUCCUAUAUUUGCUUCCGAAGCUAGAGCUAACAACGUAUCAAACGUACCCCCUGCGACGUUGAGAAUGGUAGAGUCGGAACAAUUAGAAAACCAGGAUCGGUCACAGAAGAAGGACAAGAGUUCUUCGAAAUCGGUUGUUACGAAGGAACCCAAGCCCCAGAAGGUCGUCAAGGCCAAGUCACGAGUUGAAUUGGAUGAUUUUGACUCUCCUGAGGAGGAAGAGGAAGUUAUACCAGAACCAAGCAGAGCCGCUCCGGAACCUCCGCGGCAAGCGCCGGAAGGAAAGCAGGCCCGACCAACGCUACCAGGAGCAUACCCAGACAGCUACAUCAGCACACAAACGUCCGCAUCCGAAUUAAGCGAUCAAACAGUGAAACCUUCACAACCAGGUACCAAAGAGCGUCUAUCGGAAUCACCUGUUCAAGUUUCGCCCGUUAUAUCUUCCUCCAACCCGCCUGCUCUUAUGGUCGAUACGUCUAGCCAGGAAGACCGUUCUUCUCCCGUGUCGUCUCCAUCGCCAGAAUUGGUGGAUGUCGAUGACCGAACCCAUGGAAAGCAGGAUUCGAUGACAACAUCGACAUCUGCUACCACCACAUCAACGUGGAACGAUGCCAACCUUCGCGCAUUCUUCGACUCCGGUUCUGAUAUAAGGGAUUUGCUGGUGAUUGUCUACGAUAAGAACGAUGUGCCGCCCGCAGGACCCGAUCAUCCAGUCGUAGGGACAUUGUUCCGAGAGCAAAAUGCGAGAUUGGCCGAGAUUACAACACAACUGGAUAAUAUGCUCGGAGAUUGGUUAGCUCGAAAGCAACGUCUUCGAGGCACAGUAUAG